AUGGCUGAACAAAGACAGAGAAAUUUAUCUACAUCAGGAGAAGCACUCUAUGAACUCCUAGGCCUUGAAAAAGGGGUAUCCCAUGAAGAAAUCAAGAAAAGCUACAGGAAAUUGGCCCUGAAAUAUCAUCCUGAUAAGAACCCAGAUAACCCAGAGGCUGCAGAAAAAUUUAAAGAAAUUAACAAUGCUCAUGCAAUAUUAACAGAUGUGUCCAAAAGAAAUAUAUAUGACCAAUAUGGAUCAUUAGGGCUGUACAUCGCUGAACAGUUUGGUGAAGAAAAUGUCAAUACAUAUUUCAUGCUUUCUAGUUGGUGGGCAAAAGGUCUGUUCACCCUUUGUGGUCUUUUGACUGGGUGCUACUGUUGUUGCUGCCUGUGCUGCUGUUUCAAUUGCUGUUGUGGAAAAUGCAAGCCCAAGCCCCCGGCAGAAGAGCAAGAGUUCUGCAUGUCUCCUGAAGAUCUGGAAGAGCAAAUCAAGACAGACAUGGAAAAAGGUACUUAUGAUUCUCCAGUUCUGCUUCAGCCAAUAAAUGCAACUGAGAAAACCCAGCUUAUUGGUGACAGUCAUCGUAGCUAUCGCACAGAAUCAUAAAUCAGCAGCUUUCAGAAUUUGAAGGAUUAUAAAUGACAAAUUCUGGAUUAUAAAGUAUCAUCAGAACAUGAAAGACAUUAGGACACUGUGCACACCAUGUACCAUAGAGAAGAUGCUCUACCAUAAUAUUGUUUCCAAAACUGUGUUGUUGAAUACUACAAGGAUAG